GUUAACACAGCGGUGAUAGGUGCACAAUAUAUUUAGCGUGCGUGAUAAUUCUCAAUAUGCUUCAUUUUCCUGCAAACAUGAUCUGAAUCAUGUUAUAAACUCUUCGGGAGAUUAACUGAACGGGACCAGAUUCGGGGGAUGCGCAGCUGGAGGUGGUCCGUCUCCAGAAUCAUGCGUCUCUUCCUGCGCUGGUUCAGGCUCUGUCCUCGUCGAGGACACAGGAAGCGCAGCAGAGUCCGAGACCUGUGGAAUUAUGGGAUGGUGGUGCUGAAGUCCCUCUACUACAACGUCCUGACCAACUCGGACACAGUGCUGGACUGUAUGUUUGAGCCCAUCUACUGGCUGGUGGACAACAUGACCCGCUGGUUCGGAGUGGUGUUUGUGUGUCUGGUGAUGGCCUUGACCAGCUCAGUGGUGGUUAUCGUGUAUCUGUGUGUUCUGCCCAUCAUCUUCAGCUCGUAUCCCGUUCACUGGAUCCUCUGGCAUCUGUGUUAUGGUCACUGGAAUCUGCUCAUGGUCGUCUUUCAUUACUAUAAAGCCACGACCACACUGCCCGGUUUCCCUCCACAGGAAAAGACUGAUAUUCCGACUGUUACCAUCUGUAAAAAAUGUAUAGUUCCCAAACCAGCCCGAACCCAUCACUGCAGCAUCUGCAACAGAUGCAUUUUGAAAAUGGACCACCACUGUCCCUGGUUGAAUAACUGCGUGGGUCACUUCAACCACCGCUACUUCUUCAGUUUCUGUCUCUUCAUGACCAUGGGCUGCGUCUACUGCAGCAUCAGUGCCAAAGACAUGUUCCUGGACGCUUACAAUGCCAUCGAGAGCUCGUAUCAAACUCCUCCACCUGCCUUCACUCAUCAGGAGAGAGUGGUACACAAGAGUCUGGUUUACCUGUGGGUGCUGACCAGCUCUGUGGCAGUGGCUCUGGGUGCUCUGACGUUGUGGCACGCCAUUCUGAUCACCAGAGGAGAAACCAGCAUAGAGAGACACAUCAACCGCAAGGAGAGGCGACGACUCAAACUCAGGGGGAAACUUUUCCGUAACCCGUACCACCAUGGAAGAAUUAACAACUGGAGGAUAUUUUUCGGUGUUGAAAAAGGAAGUGAUUGGCUGAGGCGUGUCCUGCUGCCCUCGGCUCAUCCUCCUCUUGGAGACGGCCUGAUGUGGGACUGUCCUGCCUACAGGAGCAGCACCACCGCCAUAUAAACACACACACUCAUAUCACAGACUCUAAUGAGGAGCUUUUAACGGUGGUCUACUCAAGUGUGUGUUUCUGCUGCAGUGUGAGAUGCUGUGUUUUUUCUAGAUGUGCCGAGUUCCUCGUCGUACUUGGUGCCAAAGAUUUUUGACAUCUGUGGAAUAUCUUUUUCUAUAACUCAAAGACUGAUGAUCAUCAUCAUUUAUGGCUAUCUUUGAGCGCUGUACUUUUAACAAACUCCUUUUUUCACUUCCUAUCUGAAUGUCAAAACAUUUCCAAAGUGGUCCAUUUUGUUAACAUGUUUUAUAUUUAACAUUUUUAUAUUAUUAUUAUUAUUUUUGUUCAUGAAACAGGUCUAAAUAUACAGAAGCUGUGACUGUGGGCUGCAGAAGUCAGAGACUGUGGGGAAAAAGAUUACAUAUUAGAUAUUUUGUAAUGAUUUUUCUAUUUAAUUACUGUAUAAAUGAUAUUAUAUGUAUGACAAUGAAUUUGAAUAUCAGGAUAUUAACCCUUGUGUGCUGUUGGGGAUGUUUUCAUCCACUCUGGGGUGAUUGUGUCUCAAUUUGGCCACAACUUUGUGUUUCAGCUAGCAGAAUGAUUUUUGGUGACAAACCAUAUUUAGAAAAGUGCUUUGAAUAAAAUAGAAAACCUCAUUGAUACACUCUGGGCAAAUUGGCUACCCUUUUGUCAUGUUCGGGAUGAAAACAUCCAUUAAAUUAAACUGCUGUAAAAAUGCAUCAGAUUAAUAUUUUUUUGCAUAAAUCUGUCAAUCAAACUCAGAUCAAACGACUAAAUUGCUUAGAAAA